AAAAAAUGAGGUGAAAGGUGACAAGCCUCACAAGUCACAACCAGACCUUGCACUCAAUACGCCAAAAAUGUCGACAACAACAAGAGACGAGAAAGUGGUAUGCGUCACCGGUGGUAGCGGCUACAUUGGCUCUUACCUCGUCUCUCUCCUCCUUUCACGCGGCUACACUGUUCAUGCCACCGUCAAAGACAUUAAUGAUGAACAAGAAACGAAGCAUCUAGAAUCCCUAGAUGGUGCUGAAACUCGCCUUCGAUUGUUCCAGAUUGAUCUUCUUCAAUAUGAUUCUAUCGUUCCCGCCAUUUCCGCCACCUCCGGUGUUUUCCACCUCGCUUCCCCUUGUAUCGUCGAUCAAGUUCACGAUCCUCAGAGUCAAUUGCUUGAUCCGGCAAUAAAAGGGACGAAUAAUGUAUUGAGAGCUGCAAAAGAGGCAGGUGUAAAACGCGUAGUGGUGACUUCUUCUAUUUCUGCUAUUACACCUAGCCCUAAUUGGCCUGCUGAUGUUGUUAAAGGAGAGGAUUGUUGGGCUGAUGUUGAGUACUGCAAGGAGAAAGGGUUGUGGUAUCCACUUUCCAAGAUAUUGGCUGAAAAAGCAGCUUGGGAAUUUGCUAAAGAGAACAACUUGGACGUGGUUGUGGUCAAUCCUGGCACUGUGAUGGGGCCAGUUCUUCCUCCCACACCAAACGCAAGCAUGUUAAUGCUACUUCGCCUUCUUCAGGGCUGCACGGAAACUUAUCGAGAUCUCUUUAUGGGAAUUAUACAUGUUAAGGAUGUAGCCCUGGCACACAUUUUAGUAUAUGAAAACAAGUCUGCUACUGGAAGACACUUGUGUGUGGAAGCUAUAUCACAUUACGGUGACUUUGCUGCCAAAGUUGCAGAACUAUUUCCAGAAUAUAAAGUGCCAAGGUUGCCACGAGAUACGCAGCCAGGGCUGUUGAGGGCCAAGGAUGCAUCAAAGAAGCUAAUGGAUUUAGGUCUGCAAUUCAUACCAAUGGAUCAAAUAAUCAAGGAGUCUGUUGAGAGCUUAAAGAGCAAAGGAUUUCUAUCUUGAAAUUGUUUUACAAAGACUUCUCAUCCUAGCUCAGAUCAGAAGGCAGAAGCUAUAUAUAUAUCUUAAUAAGCCUUCUGUUAAUUGUUAAGUGUUGUUCUUGUAUACUGCGUAUGAUGUUGUAUCAAGUGUUUAGCAACCUUGGCCUGAACCAUAACUUGUCCUAGGGCCUUAAUAUAUGAGGUUUUGACA